GCUUUUUUUGACGCAAAGCUUCGAUUAAACCAUUUCAUAAAGCUUCCUCAAUAAUGUAUACAAAAUGCUCACACUCACAUUAACUGUUUUUUUAAAUUUUGCGAUUUUGACAAAAGGGCAAACCACACAAAAUAUCAACGUUUUGUUUGUGAACGAGGAGGGUAAUCUAGUGGCCGAGAAAGCCGUCGAUGUUGCCACCAAUUACAUCAAGAAAAAUAACAAACUGGGGGUCAAUGCCGACCCUGUCAAGGUGGUGGGGAACAGGACCGAUGCUUCAGGACUCCUGGAUUCACUGUGUAGCAGUUAUAACGACAUGUUGUCAAAUUCCAUGAACCCCCAUUUGGUCCUUGACACCACCAUGACAGGAUUAGCCUCAGAAACUGUAAAAUCCUUCACUGCAGCUUUGGGUUUGCCCACAAUCAGCGCGAGUUUUGGCCAAGAGGGCGAUUUGCGCCAGUGGCGUAACAUCGACGAAAACGAGAGGGAAUACCUCGUGCAAAUCUCACCCCCAGCUGACCUCAUCCCUGAAAUAAUCCGGUCUUUGGUCUUGAGUAAAAACAUCACCAAUGCGGCGAUCCUCUUUGACGAUUCUUUCGUCAUGGACCACAAAUACAAAUCAUUGCUUCAAAACGUGGCCACAAGACACGUGAUUGCGCCGAUUAAGGAGGCUGAUAAGAUCGGUGACCAAUUGCGACAACUCCGGAAACUGGAUAUUGUGAAUUUUUUCAUUUUGGGGAGUUUUGAGAAUAUUAAAAAAGUGUUGGAUGCUGCUGACAGUGUUGGGUUUUUCAAUAGGAAGUUUUCUUGGCAUGCUAUUACGCAGGAUAAGGGAGAAUUGAAGUGCAAUUGCAGAAAUGCAACGAUUACUUUGGCCAAACCUGUGAUUGAUGCACAGUUUCAGGAUCGGCUUGGGCUUAUCAAGACUUCUUAUCAYUUGAAUGCGGAACCGGAAAUUGCAGCUGCGUUUUAUUUCGAUCUGGCGCUUUACUCCUUUCUCGCCGUCAAAGAAAUGAUCGCUGACGGGGUUUGGAAACGCAACAACGCGACCAACUACAUAACCUGCGACGACUUCGAUGGGAAAAACACCCCAAAACGCGCCGGCCUAAACCUGAAAAAGUAUUUCAGCAAGGAAGUUUCAGAAACGCCAACCUAUGGUCCCAUUAGCAUCAUUUCAAACGGUUACAGUUUCAUGGAAUUUACCAUGCAGAUAAGUGCAGUGGGGGUGCGUGAAAGCUCRUCGGAUAAAUCAGUACCAUUGGGUACUUGGAAGGCGGGUUAUGAUAAUAAUUUAACCCUUGUGGACCCACAAAUUAUGAAAAAUUACACGGCUGAUGUGGUCUAUCGUGUGGUSACAGUUGAGCAAAAACCGUUCAUUAUUAAAGAUGAAACYGCRCCGAAAGGUUACAAGGGUUAUUGCAUCGAUCUCAUKCAAAGGAUAAGUGAAAUAUUAAAUUUUGAUUAUGAYAUUACCCCAGUUGGGGACCAGAAAUUCGGGAAUAUGGACGAAAAUGGGAAAUGGAAUGGUGUUGUGAGAGAAUUGAUGGAGAAAAGGGCUGAUAUUGGGCUUGGGUCAAUGUCAGUAAUGGCUGAAAGAGAAAAUGUGAUUGAUUUCACAGUCCCGUAUUAUGAUUUAGUCGGAAUUACGAUUUUAAUGAAGUUGCCCAAAACACCAACUUCGCUUUUUAAGUUUUUGACGGUGUUGGAGAACGAGGUUUGGUUGUGCAUUUUGGCCGCCUAUUUUUUCACCAGUUUCCUGAUGUGGGUCUUCGACCGCUGGAGCCCUUACAGCUACCAAAACAACCGCGAAAAAUACAAAGACGACGAAGAAAAACGCGAAUUCAACCUCAAAGAGUGUUUAUGGUUUUGUAUGACRUCCCUYACCCCCCAAGGCGGGGGCGAAGCCCCCAAAAACCUCUCAGGCCGCUUGGUCGCCGCCACUUGGUGGCUCUUCGGUUUCAUCAUAAUCGCCUCAUACACUGCAAACCUCGCCGCUUUUUUGACCGUCUCCCGUUUGGACACCCCAAUCGAGUCCUUGGACGACUUAUCCAAACAGUAUAAGAUCCAAUACGCCCCCUUAAAUGGCUCCUCAACAAUGACCUAUUUCGAACGAAUGGCAAACAUCGAAGCGAAAUUUUACGAGAUUUGGAAAGACAUGAGUUUGAAUGACAGUCUUUCMGAAGUGGAGAGGGCGAAAUUGGCGGUUUGGGAUUAUCCAGUCAGUGACAAAUACACGAAAAUGUGGCAAGCCAUGAAAGAGGCUGGUCUACCAAACACUCUAGACGAGGCUGUGAAACGGGUGAGGGAUUCGAGGUCUUCGAGCGAAGGCUUCGCCUAUUUGGGGGACGCCACUGAUAUCAGAUACCUCGAAAUCACCAGUUGUGACCUCCAAAUGGUCGGUGAGGAGUUCUCCAGGAAGCCAUACGCGAUAGCUGUCCAACAAGGCUCUCCCUUGAAAGACCAAUUCAACACUGCAAUCCUCCAYUUGCUCAAUCGGCGCGAACUUGAAAGAUUGAAAGAGAAAUGGUGGAAGAAAUGGUGGAGUAAGAACCCAGAAGCAAUGAAAUGUGAUAAACAAGAAGACCAAUCCGAUGGAAUUAGCAUUCAGAAUAUUGGAGGUGUUUUUAUUGUCAUUUUUGUGGGGAUUGGAUUGGCUUGUAUCACGCUAGCGUUUGAGUAUUGGUGGUAUAAAUACAGGAAAGGGGGGAAAGUUGUCGAUGUUCAAGGCAAACAACAUUCUGGGAUGAAAAUUAAUGAUGGGUUUCAUGCGAAAAUAAAUAAAUUGUAUCCACGUUCACGGUUUUAAAAAGUGUUAAAAGAACAUUGCACGGGUUUGUAAUGUUUGUUUGUGCACCAAAAAAACGUUUUCCAUUU